ACGGAUUAUUUGCCGACAGUAAUCCUGAAACACGAUUCAAGACUGUAGCUAGGCAGGCAUCAUUUACAGAAGAUAGCACGAAACCCAGAGAAAUGCCAGGAAGAAGAGUUGUGUCCUUCCCUUCAUCGGUAGAGCUUGGCCCAGUGCUGGCUCAUCUAGUGGCCUGUCGGGCUGACAAGGCCAUCUCGUCUCAUGGGCGAUUCUCCCUGGGUCUCUCUGGGGGCAGCCUGGUGUCCAUGCUCGGCAAGGAGCUGCCUGCUCUGCCCCAACUAGACUGCAGCAAAUGGGUUGUAGGCUUCUGUGACGAGAGGCUGGUACCAUUUGAUGAUCCAGAGAGCACCUAUGGACUAUACAAGAAUCAGCUGUUCUCCAAGGUCAAUAUCCCUGAUAGUGGGGUCUUGGCCAUCAAUCCAUCUUUACCAGUUGAGGAAUGUGCUGAAGACUACACCCGCAAGCUGAAGGAGACCUUCCCACAGGAGGAUAUUCCCAUGUUUGACAUGCUGCUGCUAGGAAUGGGCCCUGAUGGACACACCUGCUCGCUCUUUCCCGACCACCCUCUCCUGGAGGAAACUGAGAAGAUUGUGGCUCCCAUCAGCGACUCGCCCAAGCCGCCACCGCAGCGUGUGACCAUGACUCUUCCUGUGGUGAACUCGGCUCGCUGUGUGGUCUUUGUGUCAACAGGGGGCAGCAAAGCAACUGUUUUAAAGCAAGUGCUAGAGGCUGGGGAAGGCCCAGCUCUUCCUGCAGCUCUGGUUGUUCCCACCCACGGUGAGCUGCUCUGGCUUAUAGAUGACCCAGCAGCUGCCUCCCUCACUGUCCAGGUAGAGAGACCAGGACCAGGGGCAAAACUCUAACAACUGCCUUUCAACGUGACAGUAGAGUACCCAUCAUUCCAUCAUUCCAGUAUAAUUUCCACUUGAAGAACGGAUAUGAGUAUGGAUAUAGAUUACAAGCAAAAUGUAGUCAGCACUGUUCUAGGGAAAAUACGAGGAUUGAAAGUAUUUCCUCUCAGAACCUUUGAAAGCAUUAUAUUAAGGUUGGUUUUGUAGGCCUACUUAACUGCUCUAAUGACAAGUGUAUAGUAAGGUUGCUUGUACUUCCAUGAAAUACACAAGUAGACCUCUAUGUACCCUGUUAGGGAAUGUUGUGAUGUCUUACGUGAAGAAGUUGUAUUGCGAAGGUAACAUCAUAGUUUUGUCUCCACUGAUUUAACUUUGUGUGGCUACUGUAAAGCUGGAACAGGUUUUAAUUAUGUUAUACAGGUUUAAUUGCAGGUUUAUGAACAAUGAACAACUAUUGUAUGCAAAUUGAGGAAAUUACUAAUAAAAAAUUAUAUUAAAA